AUGGUACUGCAAUAUAUGUUUCCAGUUCUAGGGAAACUAGCAGAGUACACAGUGGCACCAGUUGGCCGACAAUUUGGUUAUUUGAUCAACUAUGAGAAAAAUGUUGAGCAUCUCAACCAGAAGAUGGAUAGCCUUGCUACCAGAAGAGACGGAGUGCUGCUAGCCACAGAUGCGGCGGCCAGGAAUUUAGAGACGAUUCUUCCUGAGGUUAAGGAGUGGUUGGAGCACGUAAAUGAGACCAUAGCAGACAAGGAGACGAGUUUUGAAAAUGAAACACUAGCACGCCGCUCUAAUCGGUGGCUACCAAAUUGGAAGAUUCGUUAUUCCUUGGGCAGAAAAGCUAAGAAGAUGGCUCCAUCUGUUGAUCGCCUCCUUGAUGUGAAGUUCGACAAAGUAGCUUGCCCCGCUCCUCCUCCAGAGAUAGAAUUUCCACCCGCACAACCCUUUGAGGAUUCUUCUCAGCUAGUAACCAACUCUGAUGAAGCGGCCAGCUCGUCCGGGACAUCAAACACCACUUCUCCGCCCGGAAGUGGAACACAUAUUGAAUUUGAGUCGAGAAAGUUAAUCAUUAGAGAUGUGAUAGAAGCUCUAAAGGGGAACCAAAUCAAUCCUAUUGUCAUAAACGGAAUGGGGGGAGUUGGUAAGACCACAUUGAUGGGUGAUGUUGUCAACAACGCAAAGGCAGAAGAUCUAUUUUAUGAGUAUACAAGUGCACACGUAUCUGAAACUCCUGAUGUGAGUAAGAUUCAAGGUGAGCUUGCAGAAUAUCUAGGGCUCAGUCUUACUCAAUUAGGAGGUAUCAAAUCAAGAGCAGAUAAGUUGCGUAAAAGAUUGUCUGAUACUAAGAGGGUCCUUGUAAUAUUAGACAACGUUUGGUCACACUUAGAUUUGUGGGAAGUAGGAAUUCCCUGUAAUCUCAAAAGUUGUACAGUUUUGGUAACAUCUCGGAACCAAGAUAUAUUUAAUGAGAUGGAAACCAGAAAGAUAUUUCACAUUAAGGUUCUAGCAGAAGAUGAGGCUUGGUGUCUGUUUAAGAUUGUUACUGGAGUUUCCAUUGAAUCCUUUGAUCCCGAGUUGAAGAUGGUAGCAAAGAAGGUACUGAGUGAGUGUGGUGGGUUACCACUUGCAAUCUCCACUCUCGGAGGGCAACUACGAGUCGAUGAGAAAUUUAUUUGGGAAGAUGCACUCAGACGACUAACAAAGGCUUCCGCAGAAUUCAGACUAGGAAUGGAUAAGAAGGUGUAUGAGCCAAUAAAGUUAAGUUACGACAUGUUGGAUGGGGAACUCAAAUCUUGUUUUAUGCUCUGUUGCUUAUUUCCAGAAAGAAGUGAUAUACUGCUGCAAGAUUUAGUUAUAUAUGGCAUUGGGAUUGGCAUUUUACUAGGUAUCGAUUCAAUAAAAGAGGGGAGAAACCUUGUAAAAGCAUUGGUGGAAAGACUCAAAAGUUGUCAUUUGUUGUUAGACAUAGACAAAGAAGAGUACAUCCGAAUGCAUGAUGUGGUGCGUGAUGUGGGGCUAUAUAUUGCCUCUGAUCCGCAUGAAGAAAGAUUUGCGGUGAGCCAUAGAAUUGAAUCGAAUGAGGAUGUUGUUCCUGAGGAAUACACUUCCAGUGCACUCAGAACCGGUAACAGUAGUCACCGGACUCAGUUGUCACUGCUUUCAUGUAUGAGUAAGUACUCAGUAUCGGAGCCACCACCCACUGCUAUGUUUGAAAGAAUGAAAGAGAUCAAGGUAUUGGACAUCAAGAGAACAACCGCAUUGCCCAUACUGCCAUCACUUCUGCUCUUCGAAAACCUUCGAGCUCUGUAUCUAGAGUAUUGCGAUUUGAGAUCAGAAAUGGUGGGAGCUGUUAUUGGGAAGCUGGGGACACUCAUUAUUCUCAGCUUUCGGGGAAGUCGUAUCAGAGAGUUACCUGCUGAGUUCAAAAACUUGUCUGAUCUGAGGUUGCUAGAUUUGACAGAAUGCAGUGAACUCGAAAGCAUUGCACCAGGUGUCGUAUCAAGCUUCUCCCAACUGGAAGAGUUGCUGAUGUGGAAAAGCUUUGAGAACAGGGACAAGACCUGGUUGGACGAAUUGGUUUCCUUGCGUUGUUUGACUAAUUUACAGAUAGCUCUGCCACCAAUUGACAAUCUGGGGAACAGCCUCCUAUUCCAAAACCUUGGAAGAUUUCGGAUCUCCAUUGGAUCGAUGCAUGAAUACAUGUUUAAGCACGCUACUAACAACUACUUGAGACUUGAUGAUGUUGAUGCAGUCUAUCUAUUGGGUAGUGGAAUCAUUGAAUUACUAAAGAGAACUGCGGAGCUACAUAUUAAAAUGAGGAAUUUGUCCUGCCCUCUCAAUCUUGCCUUGCAUACAGGGUGUUGGGCAAAAGUGAGGUCCCUGACGCUAGAGGACUGUUAUGGUCUGCGAUAUAUCAUAGACACGACACUUGCGGCUCCAAGCUGUGUCUUUCCUGUCUUGAAUUCACUGAAACUCAAGAAGGUCAGAUGGCUGGAGAGGAUAUGUCAGGGUGAGCUUACAUUGGGGUCGCUUCAGCGACUAAGGAAGUUGACUUUGUUGGAUCUGCCUAUGUUGAAGUAUGUUUUGAAGAUAGAAAGCCAAUCUCCAAUCCUCAGACAAUUAGAAUUGCUAUAUAUAGAAAAUUGCCAGUCGUUGGAAGAGAUUUUUGCCUAUGAAGAA